AUGCAGGGCUCAAAACAGCCUGCACAACAACUAAACACUCAACGAGCCCUUCAGAUACAGGUCUCGACACCGCCUUCUCGUGGCUGUCACACUCCUGGCCUGGGGCUUGGAGACGCAACCUCACAAAAACAUGGGGACCCUGUCGCUAUGGCGGUCGAUAGUUACGUCAAUCUCAUCCUGCAGCCGAAGUCAGAUUGUGCGGCCAUCACCGACGCCGGACGAGUGGCCUUCCUUGGGGAGUCCUCCGGCGUAUCUCUGCUUACCCGUCAGAGCUUGCAGGGUGCAGUGCAUUACCCGAUGCCUCGGCCUGCAGCAGGGCCAAGCAAAGAUCCUCACGACAUUGAGAACCGUGUCUUGCAGCAGAGGGGUGCCUUCCUUAUACCACCGCGGCAGAUCUGCGAUGAACUCAUCGACUCUUAUUUUGCGUGGAUACACCCUGUCGUGCCCAUCAUCAACCAGACGCACUUCAGGCGACAGUACCGAGACCCGCUGGCCCCCCCAUCCAUGCUCUUACUCCAGUCCAUAUUCCUUGCGAGCACGCACGUCUGUGACAACAUGACGCUGCGGGAUGCCGACGGUUCGACGAAAACCAUGGCCUUGACCUUUUACAAGCGAGCCAAGGCGUUUUACGACGCAAAUCACGAGACCGACCGCGUCGCCAUCAUCCAGUCCAUGAUCUUGAUAGGGUGGUACUGGGGCGGCCGGGAGGACGUCCUUGAAGAGACAUUUGACUGGACGCGUGCCGCCAUUAUUGUAGCCCAGGGGACGGGGAUGCACCGUUCCGUCGCGCGGUCUCUCCUCAGUACCACCGACAAGAGGCUCUGGAAGCGCAUUUGGUGGACCCUCUUCACGCGUGACCGGCUCCUGGCCCUUACGCUAGGCCGGCCGAUGCUCAUCAACCUCGCCGACUCGGACGUUGAGAUGAUCCGUGACGAGGACUUCAACGAGGAUGAGCCGGGUCGUGCCAGCAAAGUGCCGCCGAAUCCAGCGCACGUGCAGUUCUUUCUUCGAUACGUAGCACUCUGCGAGAUCCUGGGCGAGAUCCUGUCGCGGCAAUGCUCGAUGUGGGCGCAGACUCGCUUCAAGGAACUGGACAUGGAUGACGUCCUGUUCCACGAGUCAGCUCUAGCGCGCUGGCACGGAGAAUGUCCGGCCAUCGUCAGCCUUGAUAGCCCAGAGCGGGAUCACUUUUGGGCAGCUGUCCUGCAUUCAAAGUAUUACACGACGUUGUGCCUGCUGCACAGGAGUCGGCUGUCGGCCGUCCGUGACCAGUUCCCGGCGGCGCUUGUGCCGUCGCGCAGGGCGGCUGUCGAGGCGGCAGCCAUGAUCACGGGCAUCAUUCAGGGGUUUUCGACACACGGCCAGCUCCGACGAUGCCCGUCGUUCAUCAUCUAUAGCUUGCUCACAGCGUUUGUCAUCCAUCGGUACCAGGACUUGUUCAUCUCGUCGACCUCGCCGCAGGCCGUGCACAGCAAACCCCGAGACUACUGGUCUGCGCUGCUUGAGAUAUCGAGAACAUGGCCGUUGGGUGGGUUGGUAAACUCGAUGCUGAGAAGUGUCGCUGAGAGUUGGGAGUCUGGCAAACGCGUGUCGCAUUCCAACACGCCCUUGCUUUCUUUCGUGGGGGACAUGAUGGGCGCGGAGCCACACGAUGAAAGGCAUGUUCAGGAUGGCCUGGCGGCGGCGGCGGCGGCGGCCAUUGAUACAGUGGAAGCAAACAGGCAGUAUCCUGACCUACCUCCACUGCUCAUCGGCCGAGAAGUAAGCGAUUGGUGCGUUCUCAACUGGGUUGCACAGUUGCCAAGGACUGGUGUACUGACAGAUGGCAGGUUGCAGUUUUUCGGCGUCGACCACUAG